AUGGGUGACCUCCCAGAUGAUCAUUGCAAUUUAGAUACCAAUAUGAUUGCUACUGUGUUAGAUGGCGACAUUGCAAAAAGCCCAAGGCACCCUAUUAAAGAUUAUAUUACAGCCGUCCCAAAAGUAUAUCGCAAAAUCGUUAGUAGGCGGAAGGCAUAUCUUGGGCGUAGGCGUGCACAUGCGAUAGUCUAUGGCAAUUGGGAGGGCUCUUUCAGGAAGUUAUCGAGAUACAUGACGGCUACUUCACAACACUUCAAUCACUGGCUAUUGUUGAAUGAAAGCUCGAAUCGGCUUUGGUGUGCCGUGAAUAUUUUUGAGUUUGUGUUUUGGGCAUUCAAACCAUGCAUUGAUGGUUUUGAUCAUUGUCGGCCAAUAAUAUCAAUAGAUGGAACACAUGUGUAUGGGGUAUACGACAUAAAGCUGCUAAUUGCAGUUGAAAUGGAUGCAAAUGGAGUUAUAUUCUCUCUAGCUUUUGUAAUUGCAGCCAAUGAGUGGGGUCUUUUAUUGAACUACUUGAGGCAACACGUUAUUAAGGAUCGUAUGGGCAUAUGUGUUAUAUCAAACAUAAAUGCGGCAUAUUGA